CGGAAAAUAACUAUAAGUAUCCUCUUAAAUCUGUUGAAAUAAAAUAUAUUUCUAAAAAUUUGAAAUUGAGGAAAACGAAAAUGAUAAAUGUUUAACCUGUUGUUCUUAUCAUCUCAUUAUCUUUUUUUACUGAUAAAUGUUUAUAGCUUACAAGCCUAACAUGAUGCAAAUAUGCGUAAUAUUUGUAUUGAUACUAAACGUAUCUCUUCAUUUCGUUUUAUUUUCAGCUGAGGAAGACAGUCUGUUAUGCGAUGAUACUGAAGAAGGUUUCCCUACAGUGUUAAGAGUGACCUGGAAACCAAAACUAAUCGUAAACGCCAGACUACUAAUAAACCUUGACAAUAAACUUGUUGCAUUGUGUGAGAGUAAUCAAAUGAAGUGUAUAAAAAUAUUAGACAACGCAGAAGCCGAAAUUGUACAAAUCGACUAUGAAGAAUACAAUAUAACUGUUUUUACCUACAAUAUUAAUUCUUCGGGCACUUGGACUAUUGAAUAUGAUUAUGGACUUUUCAAACCAGCCCCGGAGCCUUGCAAAUUUAACAUUUAUUCGAAAAGUUUUCUUGAACUAAAAGACUGUCCUACAGAAAUAGAGGAAAGAAACAUGGUCAAUUGUUCCUGUGAGUUGAAAAGUUCAAUGCCAAAAAAAGUAGUGUAUAACUGGCUCAGCAUAAUCAACAGCAGCCUACAAGUAAUGUCAAAUACUUCUGAUCUAACAUUUGCUGCAGACAAACUUUUACAAGACUUUCUUUGCGUGGCUGAAGACCUUCAAGCUGAGAGAAAUUAUACAAAAGAUUACAGUAUUACGAUAAAGUCUAAACGUUAUAUUUCCUUGACGAGAUGUCCAACAACAAUUCUAGACCAGCUACAACUCUUGAAUUGUUCAUACAUUUAUAGAUCUGUUACAAGUUAUUUUGAAAAUGUGUGUGAUGUCUCGUACAGCGUUUCUGAUAAUACCUACAGACUUACAUUUGUAAGCACAGAGUGCUCUUUAGAAUUAAUGUGUCCUGUUGAAACAUCAAUGAGAAAUAGACUGACACAGGUAUGCAGUAGGGCAACUUGUAAGUAUAAACAAAGAUAUCACAAGUACAUUGAAAUUAUGAAAUAUACAUAAAACUCAUGUUAAACAAAGCUUGGAUGUAUGCUAUAUGUAAGAAUAACAUGCACAAAGUUAUAAAGGCAUGACUGUAAAAGAUAUUAUGCAAUAGUUUAACUUAUGGACAAAACAAAACACUAAACCAAGUGAAAAAGAAAAGAAUUCCUAAAAUGCAUUUAAUAAAUGUUAAAAAAUGUCAAAUAACCAUGUUUAAAAUUUUAAGUUGGACUUACUUGUGCGAGCAGGUUUAAAAGUAAUAGAGUAAAGCAUCCCUUGUAAACAUAAAGAUCAAUUCGGCAAAUGAUGUGACGCCGUUUCUAUAGCCUACAUUAGAUAAGCAUGUCACGUGGGCAUCACAACGACCCAACUAAUGCAAGGUACCCAUUAUAGUUGGGUAGAAUUAUGAAUGCCCAGUGGUCACAUUCUUUACCGAGACUCGAAACUGGGAUCCCUCGAUUCGGAAGCUAAUGCAAUAUUUAAGUGUAAAAGCUCGGCUUGAGAGUGGUCGCAAAGAUUUAACAUUUUAUGAGAUGUUGGAAUUCAACAAGAUCAGUCUGUUUCCCUACCUUCCCCACCCCUGAAAUGUUGUCUGUAAAUGACAGCAAAUAACAAUGAUGAUUUAGAUGUGAUUAUAUUUAGCUUUGAUUAAACGUAUUGUUACGACUUUGGAGUAGACUAAUGAAAGUGAACUCACCGAUUGUCAGGCCGCCGAUGUCCUUCUGGUUGCAGAAGCACAAUCCACUACGAACAGUCAAUACUCCAAGUAAUCGAAAUAAUUUCACAGUUCUCCUAAUCAAAUGUACAUACAACUAUUCACUAAAACCGAUUCAAGGAAAAAAAAAAAUUCUCCGUUGAAAAAUCCUCGAUCAUAACUAAAAUCUCUUAACACAUUUUACCAUAGUCAAGGUCAUUUACGCCCAACAGCAUAAACAAAAAUCACCCUACUUUGCACGUGGAAACAAAAGAUGGUUAGUCAGAGAGGAACAGGGUUACAACAGUAUGCUAGUUGUUUCACCAUAUCCCAUUAUGGAGAUUUUAUAUAAAUUCUUUUCGCGUCUUUUUCGUUCGUGCUACCUUUUUACUGUACACGUUUUUCUUUAACUUCGUUAUGUCACAACUACUUCCAGAAGAAAGUGUUCACUAAGCCGCUACAUGUAUAUUUUUAAAGACAGUUUUUUUUUCCAUACAGCAGGUAAGUCUCAGUGUAAGUCUACGAAUACUUGUAAACUGUUAAAUAUAUAUUAUCAGUGUUAAAUAAUUAAUAUUAAUUAUAUAAGAACUUUUUGGUUUCCGUGUACCUUUUUUUUUAAUACAAUUAACCUUUUCUUCUUUCCAGACUAGAAAAGACGCUUUCUAAAGUGACCACAAGAAGGUACAGUUACGUUGACUACAAAAUUAAUGUUUGUUUACAAAUAGAUUUACACAACUCAUUUAGACUUAAGCAAAUAUAAUUCAGGGGGGUAAUCUGUCAUGUCAUCCCUUGUCAUCUUUAGUAGCUUUUUCCAUUAUCAUUUCAUACCCCAUAAUUUUAUCAUCAAUUAUUUUUUGAAAUAUAUUUUAGUCAUUGUGUAAUUGUGUUGUUUAGAAUUUAACGUUAAGCAUGCGAUUCAUAAACUAUGUUUAUCUGAAAUGCUUUUGGAUAUUUUUUGUUAUGCUAUUGUUAAGCGUAUAGUGUUCCGUCUCCUCUCUUCAAACUUGUUGAGAAAUGAAAUAAUAUAUGUAAAUAAGUAUAUCUAAAGUGAAGAGAGGUUUCUAUUAAGUUAUAUUGUUUCUAUUUAAUGUAGUGAGUGUUAAUGUUACCGAAUGACGUAAUGAUCAAAGGUAAAAGGGUGGUGGAAGAAGUGAACAUGUUUGGAGAGAUAUAAGAACGAUUAGAGCAAUUAUGAACAAGAUGCUAAUACGUUAUCCACAAAGCCAAAGGUGUAGCUGAUGUAUUGGAAAUCUUUUUAUUUCCCAAUCAUAUAGUUUUAUAUGUUUAAUUUUUUUCUUAAGAUCGUGUGCAUUCAUGGCUUUUAAAAACGUUUAUAGCUCAAAAAAAAUUAGCGUGCUUAUAAUAAUAAGUUACAAAUUAAAUUGAAUUUAAAAAAAAAAUAUAUCAAUCUAAUGUAUACAAUCUGCACGCCACACUAUAUAUAGCUUGAAAUACAUUGUGUCAGAAAGUGUCCUUUUAUCAGGAUUUUAUUGAUUUAUUAUUAGAUAUUUGUAAGUGUCUAGGUAUUUAAUCACAAUUUUGAAAAGAAAAUUAAAUGUUUACUUGAAGAAUAAUUAUUUUCUUUUUGUAUUAUAAGUCUCUAGAUUCAACCUAACAGACACAUGACGCGCUGACAGUCGUUCAAAAUGUAGUACAAUAUGUUGCUUAUGAUUUUAAAAAAAUGAAUUUAGUAUUAAAAUAUUUAAACCAUAAUAUUGAUAUGAA